UCAAACAGUUGGUCAGAGCUUCAGAGAAGCGCUUCGGUUGACUUUCUUUGGCCGACAACGGAGAAGAUGGAUCUGUCGACGUCGCAGAAGGCUACUCUUGGCUAUGCUGCUUUUCUCGGAGUGGGUGGGUUGAUGGGUUACUUGAAAGGCGGCAGCCAAAAAUCACUAAUUGCGGGAGGAGCAUCGGCUGCAGUGUUGUGUUAUGUGUACAUGGAGCUUCCACAAAAUCCCGUUUUGGCAUCCUCUGUUGGUGUUGUUACUUCGGCUGCCCUCACCGGGAUGAUGGGAUCGCGCUUCCUCAGGACAGGUAAGGUUUUCCCGGCUGGAGUUCUGUCUGUCGUGUCGCUUGUGAUGACCGGAGCUUACUUGCAUGGCCUCACUCGCAGCGUCCGCUAAAAUAACCACAGAUAAUGGUAAUACCUCUGUUGGCAUUUCGCCUUUCUGUAUUGCUGAAUGGACAGAAGGAGAGAUACACAGUUUCCAUAUUUGUAGAUUAAAAUAUUAAAUAAAAAGUUUCGAAUGAUUUCUGGCACCA